AGUUCACUGCCCAACCAGGUCCUCUGCUCUGCAGUUGAGGUUUCAGGUUUCAAUCCUCGUAGGACUACGAGACUUUACAGCGUGAACCGUACAGCUGCCGCCUCCGCCUCCGCGCCUCAACCAAGGCAACGAGCAAAAGGCAAUUUCAGACGCUCUGCCGCGCUCUCGGCCUGCCCUAGGCCGAGGUUGGGCGCUGCGACCGAGGAGGCUGCAUCUAGGCUGCGGUUGCUGCGCGCGCUGGGAGGCGGCGAUCACAGCUGGGCCGGGACUUCCUUCCUCCACCGCAGGACAACAAAACAACCCGGCAGCAGGCACUGAGCUCUUGGCAGCUGUCUGGGUAAGAGGAUCAGCGAUGGGCUCGGUGUUAAGCAGCGAUAGCGGCAAAUCCUCACCCGCCUCAGCCACCCCGCGGGCCCUGGAACGCAGGAGGGACACCGAGCUGCCCAUCACGUCCUUCGACUGCUCGGUGUGCCUUGAGGUGUUGCACCAACCUGUCCGGACCCGCUGUGGCCACGUUUUCUGCCGUUCCUGUAUCGCUACCAGUCUAAAGAACAAUAAGUGGACCUGUCCUUAUUGCCGGGCAUAUCUUCCUUCAGAAGGAGUUCCAGCAACGGAUGUAGCCAAAAGAAUGAAAUCAGAGUACCAGAAGUGCACCGAGUGUGACACCCCGGUUUGCCUCAGCGAAAUGAGGGCACAUAUAAGAACUUGUCAGAAGUACAUAGAUAAGUAUGGACCACUGCAAGAACUUGGGGAGACAGCAACAAGGUGUGUAUGUCCAUUUUGUCAGAGGGAACUGGAUGAAGACAGCUUGCUGGAUCAUUGUAUUACUCAUCACAGAUCAGAAAGGAGACUUGUGUUCUGUCCACUUUGCCGUUUAAUACCUAAUGAGAAUCCAAACAGUUUCAGUGGCAGUUUAAUAAGACAUUUGCAAGUCAAUCACACUCUGUUUUAUGACGAUUUCAUAGAUUUUAAUAUAAUUGAGGAAGCUCUUAUCCGAAGGGUCUUAGACCGCUCACUUCUGGAAUAUGUGAAUCACUCGAACACCACAUAAUGUUAUUAAAAGGAAAGGAGAGGCCUAGACCAUACAAUUGCACCAUUUGUUACUAUGCUGCUUGAACAGUUGGAGGAAAAUUGUCAACGUUUGAUGGGCAAAAAUGUACAACACAGUUAUAUAUUUGUCCAUGUGUCUGUUGUCAUAUUGCAUUUUAAAACGCCUUUCAUUUUGGUGGUUUAAAUCUGUUUUACGUUGUUGAGUUUCUUAGACAUUUAAAAAUUAGUCUCCAUCAGCCACUAAUAUAUGAAAGAGGACAUAAGGCUGGGUAUGUGGGUGAAGGAUCUUGAUUUGCAAAUCGGAUGACACUGUGUGUAAUGCUACAUGUUAAUAACUACCAUCCUGGUUGGGCAAAAUAACUAAUCUUUGUUCUAUGUAAAAAGACGGAAAGUAAAACAAUUAUGGAUAUUCAAGGAAAUAUUAAAUGUUUCAAUGCUCAUGCUCUAAUCUUAAUAGAAUAACAUGAAUAAUCUUGUAUGGGAGUAGGAAAGGAAAAUUUUGGAAGUAAACAAAGUCCAUUUAACCAAACUGUAUAACAUAAUACUGUAACAAAAUACAUUUUGUUGGGAACAUAUACGUCUUUUACUUUUUAUAACUGUACACAUAAAAUUUUAAUAUUAUAUUUUUCAAAUAUUUGUAGCUUAUUUAGAAAUAUUUUAUAAUAUAGGUAAUUUCUUAAGAACCAUCAGUUGAUAUUUACAUUAGAAGUAUUCACGUCCAUAAUUUUUAGUGGAAAACUGUUAAGGGCUUUGGUGUUAUUUUUAUUUUUUCCUUUAGAAAAAUUAUAAAAUAAAACAUAAAUACUGAAAACCAAACAGAAAAUGUAUAGCUCAUUACAUUAUUAUAGGGAAACGCUCUUUUAGAACUCUGCUAGCCACCCUGGAUGUCCUCUGUGUGUCCUGUCACAGUUCACAAAUCCUCUUCCCUAACCCCACAAAAGUAACCACUACAUUGAUUUCAAUAGUAAUCACUUGCUUGCAUUUCUUUAUUAUAUUUUAUUACCCAAGUGUGUAUCUCUACACCCUAUUUUUAAUCUUAUCCAUUUAAAAUUGUUUUUAUUAUAUACAUCUUUUACGUGACUUUUUAAUCUACAUCUUCCCCAUUUUUUCUUUUCCUUAAAAUUUACCUGUUGAAGAAAUGGUCUUGUGACUUAGAGUUUCCCCACGAUCUGUAUUUUACUGAUUGCAGACUCAUGGUGCAAUUCUGCAUGUUCCUCUGUCCUCUGGAUAUUGAUAUGUGGAUCCAGAGGUUUGAGCAGACUCAGGUAUAGUCUUUGGGCAAGACUAUAGGUCAUGGUGUGUUCUUUCAUCAGAGGGUACAUAAUAUCUGGUUCUCUCUUUUUGUGAGGUCAGCUGAAAUUGGUACUCAGUGCCUAGAUCCACUGGUUUAUUGUGGGUUUAUUGUGGGAGAAUAUUCUGUCAUUUCUUUUUCAUUUAUUACUUGAAACGUUUUUAUAAAGAGAUGUUUCCCCACAUCUAUGAUUUGGUUAAUCAGUGGUAAUGUUCAUAUAGGAAAGGGAAAACAAAUACUUGAAUUUUUCCCUUUACUUACCAAUUUUCAACAUAAUGAACUUGUUUCCUAUCAUCUUCCAGUGAUCACUUUUAAGUAUCAUGAACUUAUGGAUUCAAACAUAUUUGAUAGGCUUUCAUCCAUUUUAAACAUUAUCAAAACUCAAAUUGCCCCAUCUUUGUUCAUUGGGCGCCUCAUCAGUCAUUUCUGAGUCCUUUUAAUAGCUUCCUUGCUGUCUCAUAUGACAAAAUAUUCCAGGUUCAAUGUGUGUUUCCUGCCCCAAACCUGGAAUCAGCCAUUUCUCUAAGAAGCCUGAUUACUUUUAGUGAGAAAUGGAAUUUCAAAACCAUAAUCAUGGUUGUUAUGCCCAUUGCUACUAGAUUUGUCAUUGUUCCUAGGAGAGAGCUAGGUUAUAUCUUUGUUUUGUUUUAAGAUAAAAGUUUAUGAGUUUAUUUUGAUACUUUUAAAUCAAAUUGAGUGUUCCAGUGUUUUUACCUAAUCCCUUUCUAUUUCAGCUGCAUGUCCAUUUUUCUAUCCUAAGAAUCCUGGUUUUCAAAGACACAAGGCAACUGGAAUAUCCCACAAUUAUUAAUUUUCUCUGAAACAUGCAACAGUUUCAGAAUAACAAUACUAAUACUACCAGUAUGAUAAUAUUUUAUCAUACAAACAUUUUUUAAUUUGCUCUCCCCAUUCUUCCACUAUUUUUUAAAGUCGUACUGUAUCAACAUUUUCAGAACAUAUUGGUAUGGUGUAACAUAACAUAUUCUACUCCUUUAUCCCCCAUUUAGUCUUAGUUCUUCAAGUAACUAUAUUCAAUGCUUGCCACCAGCUCUUAUUUGAAAACUUUGUUUUUCAUAUCUGGUUCUUUAAUGAUGAAUCCAGGACACAGAGUAAUGUUUCCAUCUUGAAAGCAAGCAAAGAAGCUAUGAAGAUUAAUUAAAAUGUUAUUUGGCUGCAAUUAGCUCUUUCAUUGUAAUUAUUUAUAAACUUCUUUGUUCCUUAGACAUAAAGGUAGUCGUAAUCACGGCGCCCAACAUUUUCUAUAAUAAACUAUCCAUUACUUCUUAAAAGUCUUGCUUACUAUUCUGCCAUCCACUACAAGGUAAUUAGAGAAACAUAAAGUUGAUGAAGGUUAGUGGACUUUAUUUCCUCCUUUCUAGAUAUUCAUUUCAAGCUUGAUUUCACAGCUGUGAACAAGCAACAGAUUUUUAGUUUCACAACCUCUCUUCUUCAAAUUUGGAUGGAUCAUCCAAUAGAGCAAAACCUGUUGGACAACAAGUGUAAAAGGAGAGGGAUUUUUCAGUGGGAAUCAUCAGACUGAAAAUUUAGUCCCCGAAAAAUAAAAAAAUAUAUUUCUGACCAUUAGUACUGAUUAUCCAGGAAAUAAAUCUUCAUUAAUUCAGAGCAGUACAAAAGGCAUCGUUAAAUCUGUAAAACUUGGAAAAAAAUUCAAAACUCUAAAAACUGUAUUUUUAGUAAAGCUUUAAGUCACGUACCACUACUAACCUCAAAGCAGCAAUUCUGCAUCCUGUCCCUGGAUUCCUCUUAUGAUCAUUUUGCCACCUACAGGACAAAUUAGGUGCUGGGUGCCUGAAUUAUUUUGCGUUUCGAAUUAUUUUGAGUCUAAAAUGGUCAAGUGUAAAUUAUUCAUUGUUUUACUGUGCCUUCAACCUUUUAUUUAAAAGGAACUUAUAAUUCGUUGUUUUUAAAAAAUGAAAACCAAUAUUUGAAGCUGUUGACUACUAACAAAAAGAAGUUUCACUUUCUUUAUAGCAUCUCCAGGUGCAACUUGUUCAAGGCCUUAUAAGGGGAAUCUGAUUCACAUGUUAUUUUUCAAAGCUAAAUUCUUCUAACCCUAUAAACACCUCGGAGAUUUUCUUUUCAUGUGUUUUUUCACCCAAGUUUCUAAAACAUAGGUUGAAAAAUUGGAUUGUGAAUGUUAUAGUAAAGAUAGUUCCAGGUCAGAUCUCCUAAGACCCUGGCUCCAAUGCUGUUGCUUCAUUAUUUUUACUGGGUGCUUAUCCCAGUGAUGGAAGGUUAAUCAUAUAAUUUGUACCUUUAAGUAUUAAAGCUAUUUUUAAAACGUCAUUAAGAAAUUCAUUCCUUUAUUAUUCAACUGCAAAAAAAAUCUGUAUAAUGAUCAGAAUUUAAAAUGUA